UUUUUUGUGGCCUCUGCAGUGACUGUCAGGGCAGAGGGCUCUCCUUGAGCUACAGCAUCGCUGCUGCUGCUGCUGGAGCUGGUCCUGGAGCAGCAGGCCAGGCAGGCAGCUGCUUUGGUACUGCUGGCUGAGCAAAUGCCUCCCUCUCCAGGGAAUGACAGCCUUGGGACUUUAGCUUCCCCACGGCAAGGAGGGGUGUCUGUCCCUGCUCUGUGUGUCCAUCCCUGCUCUCUGUGUGUCUCUGCCCUGGCCACCGACCAGGCUUUGUGCCAGGCUCAGACUGCAGAAGCAGUGGCCUUGCUUUGAUGGGCUCUCUGCACGGGAAGAGAGCUCUCCUUUGGCUUCUCCUUCUGCUGUCCCAUAGCACCGUUUUGGGGGGUUCUCCAUUGCUGGAGACCACCAGGAGGGAGGUCUGGAGUGAUUCUGGAGUGAUUCAGCAACACGUGGAUAUUUGGGUGCUUUUGAUCCCAGCAGUCUGGCCUUUUGCACCAGGAGAUGCUGCUCUGUUACAGCUUUGCUGUUUUGGGGCUCACUAACACUUCAGAGGACAGUGGCCUUUUGGUUAUGAUCCCUACAGCUAAACAAGCAUCUCUGUGGAAUCUCCUCCCUCUGCAUCCCAAGUUUCUCUCCUGGCCCGUGAACAUCUGCUGGAAACCCUUUAUUCAGCAUAGCAGUGAGUAAGACUCAGGGAUGUUGGGUGUAGAGAUCUGAGUUUCCUUCCUGAGCACUGACUGAUUAAUGAAUCACAGCAAAUAGCAUCUAAUUCAGAGCACACCAGGAGCUGGCAGGCGUAACAGGCACCUGCUCUCUUGGCUUGAUAGCCCAGGAUCCAAAUGGAGUUGCUCCACAGCAUCUUGGGUAGCUGUGGAUGGUCCCUGAUGCUUCCUGUCAGCUGAGGUCAGCGUGGUGGGGGUGGCAGUGGAACGUCUUUGUUCUGCCAGCAAAGACAGUGGCCAUCUGCCCUUGCUCCCUCAGCAUCAGUCCUGGUCUCUGGAGGUGGAGUGGCAUGUGGGAAUCAAGGCAGCAGUGCUCUGAAGGCUGGAGACCUGCUGGGGAGACUGUUCUGGGUUCUGGGCUUGUUUUGCUGCAUUUCAGGCUCAGCAGCUUAAAAAACACUGAAGUCUCAGUGCUUCUGGAUUUCCUCAGGUGCUGGAGCCCUGCCUCCAAACCCUUAGGCAAGCUGGGCUUGGGAGGCUCGAGGGGCUUCAUCCUUUCUGUCUGGCCUGCUGGAACUGGCUGCAAACCUCUAAAGGAUGUGACUCCUCAGGGGCAGGAAUUCGAGCUCCUUCAGCUGAAAUUCCCAGGGCCUUGGCAGGCCCCCAGUUGUACCAGCAAGCUCAAGGCCAUUAUGUCACGUGCUCCUCAUAGCUCAGUUUUCCUGUAUGUGGCCUGUGCUGCUGCCUGCCAGAAGAUGUGAGGGAAUUCUCUUGUUUUCUGGCUUGAAAACGGGUUCCCACUGCUCCACAGUGUGAAGCUCAGAGCUUGUUCAGAGGAGGAGAUGUGGAUCAGGUCUGGUACGUCUACGCUGCCAGCCCACACUACAACAGGGGCUGGCAGGAGGCUUUGUAAACCCUCCAGGAACGUGGUGUGGGUCCUGUGGAAGGGGUGAGCCAGGGUGCAAGGUGGUGACCUCCUCUGGUGACCUCCUGGUCUGGAGAGUCACUCAUGGGCAGCACUUGACGAGCAGAAUUAUUCCACGUCUCGCCCGUCUGUAGAAGAUGUGCCUGCUUGUUUGCAGCCAGCAGAUCCGAGUGCUUUUUCCUCCUUUCCCCGCUUCUGGAGCCGCCAGGCCAAGCUGACCCGUGUCAUGGGGUCAGCCUUGCCUUUAGAAGCCAGGUUGGUGUCUCCUGCUGGGCCUCCCCAAAUCCGUCUCUCUUGUCUGACAUCAGGGCACUGCUGAGCACGAGUGACCUGCUCUGAACUGCCCCACCUCCUCGAGCCACCAUCACCUUGCACAGCAGACAGGUAAAAGGGCAUAAUCCCUCUUUAUAAACAGCUGCUGGACAAGGAUGUUGCAGGCAGAGAGGGGGUUCCUGGGCAAGUCUAGGAGCCAGGAAUGUGGAGGUGCUCGGAUACAGGCUGCCUCCAGUGACCUGAGCGCUCUCAUCUUGUGUUUACCUGUCUGAAAAAUGAGCUGGGGACAGAGAUGUCUGUCAUCCAGGGAAAGGCAGAGCCAGGAAUACCACAGUGAUGGGCAGUGCAGCUGAAGAUGGUGAUUAGCACUGCUGCCUGGAGAGGGGAUUUGCUUUAUGCCUGUGUGUGGAGGUUUGGCACUGCUGGUGCCAAAAAAUAGCUCUGGGUGCGACAGUAGCUCCUCUCCCGUGCCCACUGGGGGACGCUGGGAAGGGGGAAUUAGGACACAACCCACAUCUUCAGUCCUUGAGAGAGUCAAAGGGCUCAUUUCACUUAGGCCUUGGUGUGCUUUGUGCUGGACUGGAGGAACUCCUGUGUGACCCCAGGGCAGCUGGAGAACUGCACGUUUUGCUGAGCAUCUCAAGGCAUGAAUCCAUUUCCAUUUCUUGUUCCUCCCUAACCUGUGAAUUCAGCAGUCCCAAACCCAUUCGGGUCCUGGCCCUCACAGCCAAUUACUUGAAAAUGACCCAAACCUUAGCACAGAUGCCUCUAAAUCCCUCAAGCAUGGAGUCCUGCUUGGAGCAGCAAAAUAAGGAAGGAGAAAGCUAAAUUUGAGGAUGUCUGCAGGAAGAGCUGCUGCCUUUGGGAAGUGAGGGAGAAGGUUGUGUACCCAGGUGGGCGCCAAGCAGGCUGGAUGCCCCUUCAUCUCUCUCAGGUAUGAGAAUGUCCCAGUGCAUUGAGGCUCCCUCCUCCCACAGCUGAAGCUCUUCUGAGCAUGACUUGAGAGCAACUUUGAGCUGAGCUUCCAAACAAAGCUCCCCAGGAGUACUGGGGAGCGAGGCUUUAAUUAGAAAAGACCUCCAGCCCUCCUGUGUGCACGAGGGGGCCGAUUGAUUACAACCCACUGAGUUGCUGAAAGGCACCGCCGAGGUCAGUGUGCUGAAUGCCCUUCUUGCCUGGAGCCAGCACUGUCUCUGUGCUGUAGAGCUGGCAACUGCGUGCAGCUUUUCCCCGUCCUCCCCACCCCCUUUGCCAGAGAGGCUCCACAUCCUCUCUGGCAGCUUGUCACUUCUCUGCAGAUGUCUAGACAGGAGGAUUCAGUGCGUGUCAGUUAUGCCUAAUUCAUUUAAAAAAAAAAAAAAAAAAACAACAACAACCACCACACCAAAAAAAAAAAAAAAAAAACACCAAACCCUACUGAGAGAGCUGGGGAUUCUCAGUCCUGCAGACUCAGCGCUGUCUGCGGUGCCCCGGUGCUGCCUUCAGGCUGGCUCAGAGCAGAUUAAUCCCGUGGAUCCGCAGGAGCAGCGAGUGCCUCGGCUCCCACCCGCAGCAGGGGGGCUUGGGGAAGGGCUGGCAGGGCUGGCAGAGGGACCAGCAGGGAGGAGAGGAGGUGGGGAGAGGUGUUUGGGGCUGGGUGUGUGCUCAUCCUUGCUCCUCGCCCUGCUUGUGUGUUCUCAGCUCCGUCAGGAGCUGGCAGAGGGCUCCAAGGUGUCCAAGCCCUCAGUCUGGGCUGAAAUUACCACCUUCCCACUUCUAGUGUCCCUCCUGAAGGCAGAGCUCCCUUUGCCACGUUGUGUCACGCUUCCCAUCAACGUUUUCAGCCCUGACCCCUGUCCAAGGUGCAGCUGCAAAUCAGCCCUUGCAGGACCCACAGUUCAGAGCAUCUCGUUCCCUGGUCCUGAACCGGCUUCCUCCCUCUGCUUCCUUCCAGCUGCUGACUCUCCUAGACUGAACAGGCAAUGAACCUUGUAUUAGAAAGGCUGAAUGUGAGCUGCUGCACACUGUCAGUGCCUGCCUGAAUUCCCUGGAUCCAGGCAAAGCCUUUACAGGGCCUGAGGAGGGACUGAACCCCGAAGCAUUGCAGUGAGCAGAUUUUUCUACCUGCAUCAGUGACACUAAUGUGACAUGCCCUGGUGGGGACAAGUGCCUUGGAUUUAGUGCCUGCGUUGCAUCUGAGUCCAGGGCAUAUAUAACUGGAUGAUUCCCAGUCCACUUUGCUUGUGUUUACUGUGGGGAAGGGAGCAGGAAAGGUAGGAACACAAUAUGUUUUGUAAUAGGCAGGGCCAGGCCCUCUGAAAGAAGGAAAAAUUUGGGAUAUCCAGGCUUGAGGUGUAAGGGCAGUGUAUAUCUGCUGUAGCCUGUGAAAACAGCCCUGGCAUCUGAUUAUUGAUGCAAAAAUGCUGCUAAUUGUCUGGUAGUUUUAAAGCUUCUGCUUAGUGGGCUUCAGAGCCACGGAGGGGUUCCACAAAAGGGUCGGCUCAGCCAAAUUUGGGGUCUCCACAAAGCUGUAAGGAAGGUGAAAUGUGCGGUGAGCUCAGCUGCAUCUCUGGAUGCUGGCACGAGCUCCGUUAAUGGCCUUACAGCUCAACAGCCUCUGUUGUUACUGCCAGCUCAGCUGUUUGUGUCCCUUGGCUGUGGAAGGGAAAGGAAGAGUCUGCAGGAACACAGGAGCACGUCGUCUUCCCAGCCCUGCUCCCAGGAGGGAAGUUGUGCCCGCCCCCACAGCUGGGCAGGGCUUUGCCUGUGCCCCCCCCAGGCUGCCCCAGUCUGCUCCUGCACGUUUCAGUUCUUUGGGGAAUGCUGGACUGGAAAACGGGCUGUGAAUCCUCUCAGAGGGGAUUAAAAAGGAGAAUUCUGAUUUCUGGUGCAGGGGAGAUGGAGAUGCACUUGGAAGGAGUGAUUGCUGCUUGUGACUCCACUGUGAUCCCCUCCUUCCCCAGGGAUCCAUGCUGUUGCUCCAUCCCUGGGUGAGUUCUGUGCUGUUGUGGGGCCACUGCUCUGGCUCCAGCACUGGGAAUGGAGAUCUGAAGCUGCUGGGCACAGCAGAGUAGCACUGCCAGCAGCCCCUGCCUGCCUAGGGCUGAGCCAGAGGAGGUCUGCAGGCAAAAACAGGGACCCCCAGUGCCCAGGAAUGAGGGGAGGGCAGCACUUCUGUGGGAGAUGCAACGAUGUGCUCACAAAACAGGGCUUUGUAAGUGGCUUACUGGGAUAUCAACACGGGGAUAGGGCACCCGUGGAGGUGAUGGAUUUAAGGAUGACUGUGUGUCAGGCCUUAGGGCAUGGCAAUGCCUUGGAGUAGGGGAUGUCCCCUCAUCCACAGCAAAGCCUCGUCCCCAGACAUCUGACCAGCUGCACAGGAUGUUUCCUUGCAGUCUCCCAGCUCGCCUGCCAGACACAGAAUCCCCAUCCAGGCUGUCAACAAAAAGCCAUUCUCCAGGGCCUUCCUGGGGAAAGGGCAGGCUCGGAACUCCUCCCUGGAGGAUACUCUGCUCCCUGUUUAUUGUUCAGCACACUUCUUUUCACUCCCAGCAAAAUAUGGGUUUUUUUGUGCGGAGAGAACAGGCCUGCCUUUGGGGGCAGGGAUCAUUUGCAUUAAUUAACAGAGCUGUUAUGCAUGGCCACGCUCUGUCGCAUGGAAGCCAAACAAACGCCUCCUUUUUUUUCCCUUUCCCCCCCCCCCUUUUUUUUUUUUUUUGCCAUAACCUCCGAGUUAUUACAAGUCAGGCACCGCAUCCGCUCCGGCCGACGCGUGACACGUGCGUUCCUUGCUGCUGUGCGCUCCACAAAAGUGGGCUUGUGUUUCCUUUCCCCCCUCUGGAGCUCUGGACACUGCUUCACUGUCUUCUGUGGUCCAGGCACUGUUCCCCAUUAAUUACAUCUUAGCAGGCCUUCAUUUCCUGGGAAUGAAGUUCUAGCAAGGAAAUAAGGAAUAUUUAGUGCUGCCAGUGGGGAGUUCAGUGCUGGGAGCAGCAUGAGUAGCAGUGAGGUGUUCCUUUCUGUUCCUUUCCUUUUCCCCCACUGGUUAUGUAUUCUGAUCCAUUAAAGCAAAAGAGCUCUGAUGGGAACAAGUUAUUGUGGAGCAGAAGGGACGGUGGGAAGUGGGACUGAAGGGGCUGUACCCACUUCAAACCUUCGACCAGCCCCAUGCCAGGGCUUCAGGAGGGGCUGGUGGGUAGGUGAGUCAGAGCUGGAUUGCUGAGGCUGCAGUGUGGCUGCAGCCAAAACCCAUCCAGCAGAGCUGGUUCAGGCUGCCUGUGGGACUGUCCCCUGGUUGUGGGGAUGCUCAUGGAGCCGAGUGGCAGUGGGGUGGCAUCUCCCUCUGGCCCUGCUCCCUGCUUGGUGACAUCAGAGACCAGAUGACAGAGAGGGGGUGUAGGUCAGGGUGGCCCCUCAGAGUCCCAGUGACAGCAGGGAGGUGUGCCUGGAGAGGGGAUGAGAAUCAUUGCAAGGAAAGAUAAUGUCACCCCUUGUCAUCCUGCAUUUGUACUUGCCCAGAGUCACGCAGUGACUCAGUGGCAGGGCUGGGAAGGGAGCCCAGCGCUUCCGACUCUUUGGAAACGCGUUUGAUUCCUGCCGUGCCAGUGCGUCGGCCGCAGCCACCUUCAGCCUGCUGUGCCCUCUCUGUCCCUCCCCUGACCGCUGGAGCCCAGCUUUGUGCUCCUCUGGGGUGGCAAACCUCGUCCUCACAAGUCUCCCAGAGCACAGGAGGAGAAAUCCCACCUUUUCCCAGCUCCUCUGCCCUGUCCUGUGUUGUCCCCGCGCUGCUGUGGAGCUGGGAGCUCCUGUCCCUCACUCCCAGCACCCUGGAGGGAUGAGGCGAGUGCUUUAGAGCUGGAACACGACUUAAAUACUGAUGGGGAUGAGUAUGCUCAAGCAGUGUGUUACACAGAGAAACCAGCUCAAGCAGAUGAGGAAAACCCGUGGGCUUGCAGCUAGGGAUGGGAAUAAAGGUGGGAAUGUGGGAAUAAAUGUGCUCUCUGCCCUAAACCAGCUCUAGGAAAGGACCUCUGGAGCCCAGGCAGAGAUGUUUAUAACUAUAAACCUCCUUUGUGAGGGCAUCUCUUAUGUCCACACAUGAAUUAAGAGAGAGAGGGUGUCCUGGGGAUGCCGCAGCUUUCCCAGGGGUGUGGGAGAAGGGCAGUGACCUCACGGGCCCUUCUUUCCUGUCAAGGGCACCGUGGCAUCCUACUCUCACAACUGGAAAGCAUCAACAGGCAUUGCCUUUGUUGUGUGCCCCUGAGCCUUCCCCGCUGCCAGCGAAAUGAGGAAUCUCGUAUCACACAGGAUGAUGCAAAUAGAAAAGGGCAUCGCAGGCUCCUCUCCGCUCAGGAAACAUGUUUAUUCAUCUUUUUUUUUUUCCUCCCCCAGACUCUAGUACGUGAUACAACCGCUACUUAAAACAGGAAUAGAUGGCUGCAUCCGUGGCUGAGCAGGCACAGAGCGAGCCGGUGAGAAGGGGAAAACCCCCCCAGCUCCCUCCUGCAGCCAUGGAAGGGGGUGUGCAGCUCCUCAACCGCGACGGGCACAGCAUCUCCCACAACUCCAAGCGCCACUACCACGAUGCCUUCGUGUGCAUGAACCGCAUGAGGCAGCGGGGGCUGCUCUGCGACAUCGUGCUCCAUGUGGGCACCAAGGAGAUCAAGGCCCACAAGGUGGUGCUGGCGUCGUGCAGCCCGUACUUCCACGCCAUGUUCACAAAUGAGAUGAGUGAGAGCCGCCAGACGCACGUGACGCUGCACGACAUCGACCCCCAGGCCCUGGAGCAGCUGGUGCAAUACGCCUACACGGCUGAGAUCGUGGUGGGAGAGGGGAACGUGCAGACACUUCUUCCUGCUGCCAGCCUGCUUCAGCUCAAUGGUGUGCGGGAUGCUUGCUGCAAGUUCCUGCUCAGCCAGCUCGACCCAUCCAACUGCCUGGGGAUCCGGGGCUUUGCUGACACCCACUCCUGCAGUGACCUCCUCAAGUCUGCUCACAAGUACGUCCUCCAACACUUCGUGGAGGUGUCCAAGACAGAGGAGUUCAUGCUGCUGCCUCUUAAACAGGUGCUGGACCUCAUUUCUAGUGACAGCCUCAAUGUGCCAUCGGAGGAGGAGGUGUACCGGGCUGUGCUCAGCUGGGUCAAACAUGAUGUGGACAGCAGGAGACAGCACGUCCCCAGGCUCAUGAAGUGCGUCCGGCUGCCCCUGCUGAGCCGGGACUUCCUCAUGAGCAACGUGGACACGGAGCUGCUGGUGCGGCACCACUCGGAGUGCAAGGACCUGCUGAUCGAAGCCCUCAAGUACCACCUCAUGCCGGAGCAGAGGGGGGUGCUGAGCAACAGCCGGACGAGGCCGCGGCGCUGCGAGGGGGCCAGCACGGUGCUCUUCGCCGUGGGUGGAGGGAGCCUGUUUGCCAUCCACGGGGACUGCGAGGCCUACGACACGCGGACGGACCGGUGGCACAUGGUGGCCUCCAUGUCGACGCGCAGGGCCAGGGUGGGCGUCGCGGCCAUCGGGAACAAGCUCUACGCUGUGGGCGGCUACGAUGGGACCUCUGACUUGGCUACAGUGGAGUCCUAUGAUCCUGUCACCAAUUCCUGGCAACCUGAGGUGUCCAUGGGCACCAGGAGGAGCUGCCUGGGUGUAGCAGCACUUCAUGGGCUUCUCUAUGCUGCUGGGGGGUACGAUGGGGCCUCGUGCCUGAACAGCGCAGAGAGGUACGACCCUCUGACAGGCACCUGGACAUCCAUCGCUGCCAUGAGCACCAGGAGACGCUACGUCCGGGUGGCAACUCUAGAAGGCAACCUCUAUGCUGUUGGGGGAUACGACAGCUCAUCCCACUUAGCCACGGUAGAGAAAUAUGAGCCCCAGAUCAACACCUGGACACCCAUCGCCAACAUGCUGAGCCGCCGGAGCAGCGCGGGGGUGGCCGUGCUGGAGGGGAUGCUCUACGUGGCUGGGGGCAACGAUGGGACCAGCUGCCUUAACUCUGUGGAGCGCUACAACCCCAAAACCAACACGUGGGAGAGCGUGGCACCCAUGAACAUCCGCAGGAGCACCCACGACCUGGUGGCCAUGGACGGGUGGCUGUACGCCGUGGGUGGCAACGACGGCAGCUCCAGCCUCAACUCCAUCGAGAAGUACAACCCCCGCACCAACAAGUGGGUGGCAGCGUCCUGCAUGUUCACCCGCCGCAGCAGCGUGGGGGUGGCUGUGCUGGAACUCCUCAACUUCCCUCCCCCCUCCUCGCCCACCCUCUCGGUGUCUUCGACGAGCCUUUGACAAAGAGUCAGGACGUACCUUACCUCGAGGGGACGACGGGGGUGCCUGGCAGGGCUCUAGGCCGGCCCCGAGGGGCAGCCGGUCGCUGUAGGAGGGGAGCGAAGGUCCUGGUUGGUGCCUGCAGCCCCAGCACUCCUGCGAACCCCGGAGCUGUCCCCGCUCUUGGUGCACACAUCGGACCAGCACCACCACAGCAGUUAGAAACGUGCUUCCUGGACGGGCACCCUCGGUCGGAGGGCGAGGAGCCGGGUGCUCUCCGCUCCGCUCAGACUCAUCCCACCGCUCGCCCCAGAGGGCUCAACGUCUCCUUUGGGGAGAGGAAAACUGUAAACCAUUGCUGCUUCUUGGAUUCACGGGAUCCAGCCGGUGCCACACACGAUCACAGCCGGCCUUGGAGGCUUCCAGGAGCCCUGUGGGGUGGCCGGGGUGGGCAGCGCUCCUGCCGAGGACACGGCGAACGUGCAACCACCGCUCCUCUGAAUGUCACUGUAGCCAAACUCUCUACCAAGCCUAUCGUGCACUGUUAAAGACUCUGAGGCCGCUGUAUGGUUCUCAAUGGUGUCUCAUUGAUGCCUUAAAAAUACACAAGCAGAAGAAGCCCAGCUGAGGGACAGGGCCUGGAGGAGGUGAGGUUUGGAGGCAAAUCUGGACGUAGCGCCCUGAACCCUCCAGUGUUUCCAUGCUCUGCUGGCCCCCACCUCAUCCCCCAAGAUCCCAGCCAGCCAUUGCUCUGGGGAGUCCCAAGGCAGGCAGAUGGGUUGGGUGACCUUGUUGGUGGCAUCCAUGCCAUCAAAGGACUGGGUGGCUGCCUGCUGUCUGCAUGUGGUCCUGGCUCAAACUGGGAACAGAUUGACCUGUUUGCUGUUCCCCUCUCUGCAAAGCAGAUUCUGGGUUUAUGGAGAGGUAUCAGUUCUUUGAGAAGAACAGUCCAGCCUUCUAAAUGAGGAGGAUUGCCUGGCAUUACUUCUUUUGGAUAUUAUUUUUUUUGCCCUUUUUUUAUUUGAAUGCUAAUAUUUUAAUUUUUAAUGACUUCAUAUCCCUUUGUUUUCUACGCUACCCUGGUAUUCCCCAUCCCAUCUGCUUCUAAGGCAGCAGAAGGGAUGCAAUUACUUUUCUCAUUUGUUGAGGAGAUGAUGCCUGUGUCCUGGAAGAUGUUCUCUCUGGAUGUGUGGGGUGUGUGCAUGUGUGAGAUACCAAAUGUGCAGCGAAAGCAGCACGGAAGAGACCAUUUGCAAUUAGCGACUCCCUGGCAAUUAAGCAACCACUUUAAUUAACUGAAGGUUGAAUAAAUUAGUACUGCAAGUCACAGGCCUAUCCUAGACCUACCUGUGCCGUGGAGCCUCUGGGGUGGUGUUUUCAGUGCGUGUGCUGUGCGUGUGAGCCGUGGACUGAGGCACAGAUCAGGUGUUCUCCACAUUACAGAGGAAUAACUCAACCACUGGUACCUCAAUAGUGUUCAAAUGUAGCGUUGGGAAAACGGUCUAACUGUUUGGAACUAAUCCCUUUAUCCCUUUUCCCCCCUGCUCCUUCUCGUUUCUCAUUCACAGGGCUCAGAUUUCACUCGUGGUGGGGAUUUGUUGGCCUGAAUUUUCAAGUGGCGAGAGAUUUCUUCUUUUUUGGGGGGGAGAGGGGUGUGUAAAAGGAGAGUUUGAGAUGAAACAGGGACUCCCCAGCUUAAGACAAUUUUUUUGGCGAUCUGACUUCUCCUGGACAGAUGCCUGCAUGUUUUAUGAGCCCACUGACAUGCUUUACAAGCCCACUCACAGUGCCUCACGUUGGGCACCUGAAAUUACCAGCAGCUUCUGAAAACCUGAGCUGCUUCCCUCCCCACCCAGUCCCCAGGGACAGCCUGGUCUUCUUAGGCUGAGGAGGCCUUUUUGGCUUUUAGAACAGAACUCUAAAUUUGCUUUUUGUCCCCCUCUCACUUGCCCAGCCUGCCACAGCUCAGCAGCUCUCCUGUUCCUCUGUAGUGCAGAGGGGUCUGUGAAUGUCCAGGCUCUGUGCAGGUUGUCUCUUGGUCAGUGUGGGCUGCCCUAAGAAGGUCAGAUGAAUCUGCUUUGUUCAAAGUCUGCUCUGUUUAGUGCAUGUGCCUAAACCUGAGUGAGGUUCAACCCUUCCCAUCCCAUUCCUAGAACCAACAUCAGGAUUUUACUCUUCUGCUGGGCUCGUAUCGACUCAAGGUGCCCCUGGCUCCAGGGUCCUCUUGGAAGGAGGAUCAGCCCAAAGGCCCCAUGGCUGUGCCAGAGGUGGAAGGUGCUGGUGCUGGGCUUAGCCUGACAUUCCAAGAUCCUGCUGAGAACUCAGCAGGAGUCAGGAAUGGCAAAAGGAGAGCGAAGCCCAGCCAGGCUGCUGGAGGGAGCAUGGCACGGCAAAGAGGGGCACUGCAGGGCCAGGGAGGAACUGCUGGAGGGGAAACAGGGCUGGUUUCAAACAAGGAAUGAGUUGUUAUAGCAGUGGUUCAGCAUCUGGUCCAGCUGUGGCUGCUGUAGCGUGAAGGGGGGCUGCUGCCUUGGGAGCAAACCCAGAGGGAAGCGAGAAAUGUAGCAGCUGGGGGGAAUUUCUGUGCCAUGUGCCCUUGGCCUCCUUACACUGAAAAUGGUGUGUGAUGCUGCCCUGCCUCCCGAGGGUCAGGGAAAGGGGCAGUGUGACUCCUGGCCCCUUCUUGGUUGGGCCCUGAGCAAUAUCCCACUGAGCCCGUCCAGCAGAACCCCGGGGAGGAGGGAGCCUUUUUGGUGUCUCUGAUGUACUAACUAUGCAGGUGCUCACUGUGCAAGAGAGAGAAGGGAGGAAAGGGCAAAACAGUUCCCCAGCAGCCUGUGGGGGUCCAGAGCACCCCGACCCACACUGUGUGGACACGAGGUGUCAGCAUCUGCCCUGGGGGAUGCCAGGGUGGAAUCGCUUCUGGUGCUGCACGUCCCUUGCUGAGGAAGAGGAGGAGGAAGAGGAGGAGGAGGAGGAGGAGGAGACCUCAGAGGGGGCGUGUGUCUGUGUCUGUCUGUCUGUGCGUAGUACCCUGUCUGAGGGGAGGAGAACCCGUCAACUCCUGUGUGUGGCUUCUCUGCCAGUCUUAGUUCGUGGUGUCUCACCCAAAACGUUUAUCUGUGUGAUGUCCCAUGUGAGCUUUUCCCAGCGGAGGGGCAUCCCCGAGGAGGGGGGCUCCAGUUCUGCCCAGGGACCCCAGUGUUGGUCUGCAGUGAGGCAGCAAAGCCAGGCAGGACCCCCUGCCCUGACGAGGGUGCAGAGGUUCCCUUGGUCCUACUGCUGCUGGGCAGACCUGGUCCAAUCCAUGUCAAACCGUCGUCACUUUGAUUUCUCUGUAAGUUAUCCGACUUAUUUAUGUGGAACUCUGUUUCUCGGAAUUUUUUGCACUACAUGGGAUUGGGGAGGGGAUACAAGCAAUAGAAGCCAACAUGUACAAUAAAGACAUUUUCUUGAAUACUG